CGUUGAGGCCACUGUGAACUUGAUCCGACGACAGAAGAGGAGGCUUUAGUUUUCAGCGGUGAUUUUUCGCCGAUUUUCUACAUUUUCUUCUGUGUUGUAGUUGUAUUGUUUUAAAGACAAAAUGGCACUCGUUGUAGAAAAGGUUGCCACAAGCCCAUUCGAAGGAAUGAAACCGGGCACCAGCGGACUCCGCAAGGCCGUGCAAGUUUAUCAACAACCGAAUUAUACAGAGAAUUUCGUCCAGGCGACUUUGACAGCUGGCUUAGGAGAAAAGUUGAAGGGGAGUUCUCUCGUUGUCGGUGGAGAUGGAAGAUAUUUUGGUAAAGAAGCCACAGAAUUGAUUGUUAAAAUAUGUGCGGCAAAUGGGGUAUCAAGGUUACUGAUUGGCCAAAAUGGUUUGAUGUCAACACCAGCCUUGUCUUGUGUGAUCAGGAAAUAUAAAACUGACGGAGGUAUCAUACUUACAGCUAGUCACAAUCCUGGUGGACCGAAUGGUGAUUUUGGUAUCAAAUUUAACACAGCUAAUGGAGGUCCAGCACCAGAGGCGGUUACCAAUGCAAUUUUUGAAGCAACAAAAACAAUAUCAGAAUAUCCCAUAUGUCGGGAUUUAAAAAUAGAUCUUUCAGUUAUUGGCAGGAAUACUUUUGAAGUUAAUGGCCAGACUUUUACCGUUGAUAUCAUCGAUUCUGUGGAUGAUUACUGUAACUAUAUGAAGGAGAUCUUUGAUUUUAACUCCAUUAGAACUUUGUUGUCUGGUUCCGAUGGGCGUCCACCUUUAAAUCUUCUAUUAAAUUCCAUGCAUGGAGUUAUGGGUCCUUAUGUUACGAAGAUUGUAUGUGGAGAGUUAGGUGCCCCUGAAUCAAGCACUGUUAAUUGUGUACCACUAGAAGAUUUUGGUGGACAUCAUCCCGACCCUAAUUUAACCUAUGCUGCUGACCUUGUCAAUGAACUGAAAAAAGGUCAACAUGGUUUUGGAGCUGCGUUUGAUGGUGAUGGGGACAGGAAUAUGAUUUUAGGACAGAAUGCAUUUUUUGUAACACCGUCCGAUUCUCUCGCUGUUAUAGCUAAUAAUAUGGAGUGUAUUCCCUUCUUUAAACAAUCAGGGGUCAAAGGUUAUGCCCGUAGCAUGCCAACAGCAGGUGCUGUCGAUAGAGUAGCCAAGGCUAAAGGAAAGGAACUUUUCGAAGUUCCGACAGGCUGGAAGUUUUUUGGUAAUUUAAUGGAUGCCGGUAGAUUGUCGUUGUGUGGAGAGGAAAGUUUUGGAACUGGAUCGGAUCAUAUUCGUGAGAAGGACGGUUUGUGGGCUGUGUUAGCUUGGUUAUCUAUCUUAGCUCACACAAAACAAUCUGUUGAAGAACUUAUUAAAGAUCAUUGGAAACAAUAUGGUAGAAACUUCUUUACCAGAUAUGAUUAUGAGAAUUGUGAAAAUGGUCCAGCAAAUACAAUGAUGGAGAAUUUAAACAAUGUGAUUAGUUCACCUGAGUUAGUUGGUAAAAAGUUUACGGAAGGUAGUAAAAGUUAUACCGUAGCUAAAGCUGAUAACUUCUGUUAUACAGAUCCGAUAGAUAAUAGUGUCAGCAAAAAUCAGGGAGUGAGGAUUAUAUUCACCGACGAUUCCAGGAUAAUAUUUCGAUUGAGCGGAACUGGAAGUAGUGGGGCUACCAUUAGAUUAUAUAUAGAAGGCUAUGAGGCUGAUACAUCACAACAUCAUCUUGAUGCUCAGGUGGUGUUGAAACCUCUAAUUGAAAUUGCUUUAAAGUUAUCACAAUUACGAGAACUGACUGGACGACAAGAGCCUACUGUUAUAACAUAAUGUCCAGAUUAACUAGUCAUUUAUAUGUAUAUAACAAGGUAACCCCAGUAAACAGACAUCUCAUCCUCCCAAUCUCCCCUUUAUUACUAAGUAUGUCUACCAGAGCCAUAUAUAAGGCCAUACAAAAUAACUCAGACUUAAGUUAAGAAUUUACUCAAAAUUGUUCGCAUUAUUUUAACUAAAAUAUUGCCCUUUAUAAACACAAUAAGAAACUAUGUGCAGAGUUUUGUGUUUCUGGAUCAAAAGAUAUUACUCAUAAACAGUGAUAGAAAGUUGAGUAAAUCCUUAAUUUAAAUCCGAGAAUGCUUUGUGAACUCGGGGCCAGGUCACCAGGUCCGUGGUGCACAAGUUAGGCCUUGUGAGGAAAAGCCUCUAGUCAUUCAGAUGGGGCAAAAAACCUCUUGUUUCAACUAGUCGUUCACACAAUAACAUGUGUAACUGUUAUAUGUUAAUUUACAUAUGGUAAAAAUACCCUGCUAAAAUUAAUCAAUUUUGCAAUGUUGUCUUGAGGAGAAUGUGGAUCUAUAUGAAAAUUAAAAAAAAGAGAACAAAUUGUAUUAUAUAUUCUUUUAUUUUCUGCCAUGUUGUAAAGUGGAAAGUUGUUUUAUAAAAUUGAUAAAUUCCUGUGAUUUAAAACCACUAGUCAUCAUUUGCAUUUUUCGGACAAUUUUUCUGGGAUUAAUCCACCCUAAAUUGAAAUGAUAAAGUUUAAUACAGUCAACAAAAACAAAAUAAACAGUAGAUAAUCUGCUUAAAAUACAUAUCUAUAUUUCGUUUUUUUUUAAUACUUUUAAUGGCCUCUACUACAUGAAGAUCUGUCCGGUUGUAGCGGAAGGUUGCGUCAGGUGUCAUACGAGUGACUUUUGACCCUAUGCCAUCAGACAUUUGAUUAACCAAUCAGCGUUUGGGUUACCAACAGUUCUGUGCACCUCACGCCAAAAAUUUGCCAGAACAGACUUUCUUUGGCUAAUCCUUCACAUCAUCCAGACAAGAAUAAUAAAAUUUUGAACUAUAAAAAACGAAACAAUGUAGGAUCUGUGUUUUAAUUAGAUUGUUUAAAAAGAAGUACAUCUGACACUUAUAGGUGAUUCUGUCUUGUUUAUAUCAUCUGCUGAGGAUACCAAAUGUUAUGAAUCAGUCAUUUCUUUAAUCAAAAUCUCUCAAAUGGUGAUCAGUGGCUUUAACUAAUUGAUUAAUUAAUUCAAUAAUUGAGAUUUAUUGGCAUAAUAUAUAUGUAUAUUGUGAUGUUUUUAGUAGCUAGGAUAAUAGAUUAAUAUUCCCAAAAGUUCUCUAUUUGACCAAUGAAGCAGGUAUUCAUUUUAUCUACUCAAACUGUGCGCUUAUUCUAAAGAUGAUUUUCAUGAAAUUCGGGGCUCAUAUGUGCGCUCAUUUGGUCAAAUAGGGUAGUAUCUUUUUAAAAGAAUGUUUUAGAUACCAUUUAUGUCCCAGAUUUUUAAUAUGUUCAGGUAAAUGUGUGCUAGAAAUUGUAAUUUAACAUGUUUUAAAAUAUGUAUUGGAACAUUGCAGUGUGGUAGCACACUUCACCCAAAUAUGUAUUGGAACAUUGCUGUGUGCUAGUACACUUCACCCAAAUAUGUAUUGGAACAUUGCUGUGUGCUAGCACACUUCACUCAAAUAGUGUGUACCAAAACAUACUUGUUUGCUAGCACACUUCACCCUAAUAGUGUGUAUCAAAACAUACCUGUUUGCACCUUAACAGUGUGCUGUGUGCUUUGUUAUGUUCUGUAAAACUUGAUAUUGUUGUGUGCUGCUAGAAUAUAUUGCCUUAAUAGUGCUUGUGUUCCCACACAUGUCACCCUAGCCCAAUACAACGUUUUUUUGUUCGAACUCUGUCCAGUAAAGCCUUAUGGGCAAGGUAUUCGCUGAGAAAUCUGGUCUCUACUUAUUGUAUUGAAGCGUUAUGCCAAAGAGACACAUAUAGCUUGUCAAGACUCCUAAUUAUCCAAAACUGUUAACUUUAUUUAAACAUACAUUAUGCAAGAGAAAAAUCUGCUUAUUACAAGUCUUUUUUUAGGCCUGAAAUGUUAUCUAAAUUAUCAAUUAGACAUUAAUUAACUUAUCCAGACCGUAAUAAACUCUCAAUGUCAAGGCUAGCCUUUGAUGUUGGCUGAAUUAGAUUCCUAUAUGCUGCUAACGGCCAUUGAUAAUUAAAUAAAAAAAGUGGAUAAUCAAGACUAUGCUGUUUAUAUUAAUGAUUUUAGUAAUGAUGACCGAGACUAUGCAAAAAUUUCACCCGCUUCGUUCUCGGCUCAUAGUGGAUCAAUAUGACUGAAAUUUUCAGCAAAUUACCUUUACAUUAUCUAGUUUUUAACUCUUAUAGUGAGAACCGCCAGAAUUAUCUUAUCUCCCAUAAUGUAUCUUUAAGAUGCAUUAUGUAAGAUUUAGAUAAAAAGCUGACAGUUCAAACAUAGAUAAUGAAAAAUGAAUACAGUACUUUAUUAUGAGCGAAGUUAUGAGUAUUUUAAGAUGAAGCGUAUAUUGUUUAUUAUCGUAGCAGCAGUACUAAGUCUGGAUUAUCCAUAAUUAUAUGCUCUAGAGAGAUGAUUUUGGGUUUUUCAUAAAGGUCUAAAUAAUAGUUCAUAUAACAUUUUUAGCCAAAAUAAAGACUCGCAAUAGGCAGAAUUAGCUCUUACAUAAUGCAUCUUUAAUAUUUGAAAUUGUUAUGUUAUGUUUAUUCUGGGGGUAAAUAACUUCCGUGGUUGAUUAAAUAAAAUGGUUGAUGCUUUAUAAUA